AUGUGGUACUUGGCAGCACUUUUAAUCUCAAUUCAAAUAACUUUAAUCUUUGCUCAAUCUUCACCAUUAUUACUACUUGUUUCAUUGGAUGGUUUUCGUCAUGAUUAUCCGAAAAUUCACGGACCCUUAAAAAACUUUCGUCGAUUAGAAGAACGUGGUGUUCAUGCACAAAAUAUGAUACCAAGUUUUGUUACAGCAACGUUUCCUAAUCAUUAUACUAUGGUAACGGGUCUCUAUGAAGAUGUGCAUGGUGUAGUAUCAAAUCAAAUGUUUGAUCCGAAAACGAAUGUCACGUUUGAUUCAUCCGGUAACAUGACGAAUGGUGAUUGGUGGCCACAUCGAACAAUAUGGUCUAUUAAUGAAAAACGAAGCGGCGCUCGAUCCGGUGUUGUUGGUUGGCCACAAGAGCCAAUUCGUAUUUCCAAAUUUCAACCCUUUAGUCGAAAAGUUCCUUUUCGAGAUUUGAUUGAUCAAGUUCUACAUUGGUUUAAUGAUCCAAACGAACCAAUUAAUUUUGGUUCUAUUUAUUUUUUUGAGCCAGAUCUAACGGGUCAUAAAACUGGACCCUAUUCACAGAAUAUGACGAAAGCAGUCCGUGAUUGUGAUGAACAUUUAGGUUAUCUAUUAGAUAAAAUAGAUGCAAAUGAAAACUUACGUAAAAAUCUUCAUUUAAUUGUUGCAUCUGAUCAUGGAAUGGAACAAGUCAAUGGUACCGAUCACCCAUUAUAUAUUGAAGAUUAUAUUGAUACUAGAAAAGCUAAAGCAUAUGGCAUACCACCAGCUAUGAAUAUUUUUGUUGAAUCAAAAAAUGAUAUUGAUCUUGUUUUGAAAAAUCUAUCGAAAAUUCCACAUUCGCAAAGUUACAGAAGAAAAGAUAUACCUGAACGAUAUCAUUAUAAAAAUAGUGAACGUAUUGGCGAUAUAUUACUUGUGUUCGAGCCCGGUUAUGAAAUUCUUCGUGAUCCACGUUAUGGUGGAAAAAAAUAUGAUUUGAGUCGCACUCAUGGCAAUCAUGGAUAUGACAAUCGACAUGAUUCUAUGAAAGCAAUAUUUUAUGCAACUGGACCACAACUAAAACAGAAUUUUACAUUAGACAAUUCGUCGACAUUGUACAAUGUUGAUCUAUUUGGAUUGAUGUGUCUUCUAUUGAAUAUUGAUGAAUGUCCGCCAUCAAAUGGAUCUUUAGAAAAUAUUAAAUCAUUCUUAAUCGAUCCAAUCAGAGUAUCAAAUAUGAAUAGACGUUUACAACGGACAACUACUGAUUUUGUUAUUUAUUCCAUCGAUAAGACUUCUAUGGAUAUAAGAGUGGGUAUUUUAUUUUUUCUUCUAGCAUUGCUUGGUAUUGUUUUAAUUGUUAUUAUGGCGAUUGUAUGGUCGGUGACUUCACUGAGAUCUAUGUUCGUUAUUCGUAAUAGCUCAUGUAACAAUCCAGCAAAAAAUAUGCAACAUAACCAACAUGAAUUCAGCCCAAUUAAUAGACACAAUCUAACUUCGCAAGUUGAUAAUGCAUAA